UAAUACUUUAUUACUUUAUAGCUUAUACCUUCAGAAAGUGAAAAAAUUAGUGAAAAAUUUAUUGCAUUAUAUUUACUAUAAAUAGCAACUUAAAAGAGUAUAUUUUUUAAAAAUAUGUUUUCUGGGAGUAAUCCUAGUAAUGAUUUAUAUUGGGCUAAUGCAUUAGCCCAAGCUCAAUCCCAAAAUAACAGCUUAGACUGGGCACUACUAGCGCAGCAAUGGAUAAGCCAUCAGCGAAACAUUAAUCCGAGUUUUGAAACAUCUGGUCGGAAUGAUAAUACUUUAGUAAGCCCCGCUGAUGCUCCCCCCGCUCCUAAAAUUUCUAUAAAAAGCAAUGAGGAGCAAGGGGAGGCAGAUAUGGAUGUUGAAGAUGACCAAAUGGAGCCAUUAAACCAAAAUUUCAUUACACAACCAACACCACAAAUAUGGUCAAUAUCAUCAGGUCCUAUGCCUAUGUCAUUAAUGACUCCACAAGUUCCCGCAGCGCCAAUACCUGCAACACCCUGGAAUAUAUGGAACACAUCCGGAAUAUUAAAUACAAAUCUUCCGCCCCCUACGUUGCAUAUACCUGAAAUAAGCACACCAUUAAUUGGUAGUGAUAAAAUAAACAAAAAUACAGUAAUACCCUCUUUAAUGGAUACACCAGUAAAUGCUCCAGUUGAUACGCAAUUUCCCACAUUAGAUGCAGCAAAAAGGAAGACAUUACCUGCUUGGAUUAGGGAGGGAUUGGAGAAAAUGGAACGUGAGAAACAAAAACAAUUAGAGAAGGAAAAAGCAUCAGAAAUCCCGGACAAGGAUAGUAAUAAAUAUGAUAACCAAAGUUUUAUUGAAAAUUUACAGGCAAUUGACAAAUCCGAUGGAAUAGGUAGUAAUAAGGCUAAUAAAAAUUCUAGUAACUAUAAAGGUUUUCUAAAGAAUAGUGCACUAAGCUCGGAUGAUAGUGAAAAAUCAGAUAACGAAUCUGAAUCUGAAAAGAUAAACUAUAAAGAUUCUUCCACUAAAGUUAAUCCAUGGCAUGGUAAAACUCGCGAAGAAAUAGAAGAAGAGAUGAUGCUUGUAGUAAGACGAUCUUUAACUGAAAUUUUAUUGGAAAUAACAAAUGACGAAAUACGUAAUAUAGCCCAAGAAACAUUUAAAAGGCAUAAGUUAAAAGCAUCAUCAGCUCAAGUUAUACGUAAAAGCGCCCUUACUUCUAUAAGCGGUAAUUUAGGUUUAGGGGCAUAUGACAGUGAUUCUGAUACCGAUUCAGAUACCGAAGAUGAAACUACAAAAAAAGAUGAUAAGGAUUGCGAUAAAGAUUCAGAAGAUGAGUUAAGAGAAACAAUGUUAAGUCGACAGCGUUCAUUCAAAGCAAUUGCACGUGAAAUUGAUAUUUUAGUUGAAAAAGAAGAAGCAAGGCAAGAAGAAAUUCGUCAAGAGCGUUUGAGACGUGAACAAUUAGAACGGUCAAGUGAAAGAUUGCUAUUACAAAGUGGUGAUAAUGAUAUCGAACAUUCAUCAAGUAGUGGUAAUAGUGGUAAUUUUGUUGGUAAUUCAAGUGGGGUCGAUGGUAAUGGUGGACAAUUAAGAAGAAACAAUUACGAUAGGGAUUUUGGUGAGACACAACAUGAUAAAAAGUCAUAUUCAUCUAAUGGCCAAAAACGUCUGAAAGAAAGAACUUCCAGAUUCAGUGAUAAUAAAGAAUCAAAAAAUAAAUCUACGUCAUCCACUUCUUCUUCUUCCACUGGAUAUUUAUUACCAACAUCUGGUAACACAUUAAGUUCAACGAAUUUAUUGAAUUCAGCUACAUCGACAACUUCGAAAUUGAUACAACACCAACAAUCACCAUUAUUAAAUCCUUCAGCGCAUAUUUUAACUAAUUCGGCUGCUGCUGAAAAUUUUUUAAUGGCAAAUGCAGUUCUAUCAGAAGCUUUCCUUAAAAAUGAUAAAAAGAAAUUAAAAUCGUCUUCAUCAUCUAAUAGAAAAAAUAAACGUAGCAAAAAUUCUCGCAGUAGAUCUAGAAGUCGAAGUACUAUUUCUUCAACAUCAAGUAAUAACAGUGAAAAUAAAAGUAGUCGAAGCAGUCAUAGUAGUAAAACUACUUCAUCUUCAUCAAAUUCAUCAAAUUCUUCAAAAACUUCAGAAUAUAAAAAAUUUAAUAAAAAAGAUAAAAAGAGAUCAAAAUCAAGAGAAACAUCUCAUGAUUUUGAUAAAAAAACAGAAGAAAAAUCUUAUAAAAAUAAUCGAGAUUUAAAUGAUCGUUUAGAUUCAGCUGAAUAUAAUCAUAGUCGUUCUCAUUAUCAUCGUCAUUAUCAUUUUGAUGAUGAUGAUGAUGAUUAUAGAAGACAUAGGCGACAAUAUGAUAAUUCACCUGAUUCUGAUGAUUAUUAUAGAUCUCGAAGACGACGACACCAUACAAAUAGCAGUAGCAGUCGAAGUAGUAGUCAUAGAGUUGAUAAAAAAGAUUAUUAUUAUUCAACAAGUAGCAAUCAUAAAAGAUCACAUUCUAGACGAGAAAAUACUCGAUCAAGAUCAAGAUCAAAGUCAUACUCUUCAAGAGAUAAACAAUAUGAGAAAUAUUAAGAAUUAAAUAAAUUAUUUCAAAAUUUUUAAAACAACAAAAAGAGAAAAAAUUAAGGUUAAAAUACUACAAAAGUUUAGACAUAAAUUAUUAGAAAUAUCAAAAUUUUAAAUAACUACCAAUUAAAAAAGAAAUAAUUAUAAGAAUCUAAAAAAGUUUUUUUUAAAAACGUUAAAAUUUUAAAAAGAAGAUUAUUGGAUUAAAUUUGGUAUAAAAUAUUAGGAAGAUUGAAAACAAUUCAAAUUAAUUUAAUCAAUUCGAUUGCGAACAUCAAAUUAGAAAAAAGAAAUCCUAUACUUACGUAUAUCUGAAAAUAUUCUGAAAAAAAUCGUAAAAAAAAAAAUUUAAUUUAUUUUUUUAUUUUUUCAAAUUCCCAAAUUUUAUAAAACGUUCUGUUUAUUACAAAACGCUUAACUCUUUUCAUUUUUUAGAUUCAUAGAUUUUUUUAGUAUAAUUAUAACAAUAAUAUAUAACAAAAUAAUUGCAAUAAAUAUAUAUAUUUCAAUUAAUAUAGAAUUAAAGAAAAAGAAUUUAAAAAUAAAGAAAAAAAAUAUGUAUAUAUGUAUUUACAUAUCUAUAUAUACAUAUAUACUACAUCUAAGUUAAUAAAUAUAAUGAAGUAAAAGCAAAACAUCAAAAAAGCUUAAAAAAUUUUUAGUAGAAACAAUCAAAAUAAUGUUUAUUGAAGUGAAAGAACAAAUAAACAAAAAAUAUAUAUUCAAACUAAAAAAAAAAAAAAAAUUUUUUAAUUUGUAAGCAUUCACGGAAAAUCCGACUCCCAUACAAUACGAGUACCAUACAUACUCUACUAAAGUAUAAAAAAUUAUUAUCUGAUAUCGCUUGUUGAGGCAACAUUGAAAUAACUCAAAACUUGUUUAUUUGAAAAAUCGAAUUUUAAAGUUUUCGACUCAAUAUGCUCUUCUGGUUCUAGCAAUAUUUUACAAUAUUUUAUAAGUUAAUAAUCGUUUGAAUAGAUUUGUUUUAUUGUUAUAAUACUUUUAUACUACAUUAUAUUAAUUUCAAAAUUGGACUGCAAUAAAUUAAGGUUUUCAAUACAUACAUACAAUGUAUCUACAAUACAUAAAGCAUAUUAUAUAUGUAUGUAUAAUUAAAAAUUAGUUCGCCGCUAUAAUUUUAAAUACAUUUCAAGUAUGUACAUACAUUGAACGUUAUAUGAGCAAAACUGUGAGAAACUGAAGAAAAUAUUGUAUGGAGAAAUUUAAUGUUUUUUAAAAAAAUAAUUUCAAAAAAAAUCAAAAAUUCUCGCUUUGUUUAGCUUUUACUCGACAACUAAAUGUCAAAUAUGAUUAGUUGUAAAAAUAAAAAAAUUUUUUUAACAGUCUGCAGCUUGAAAACGAGUAUAUGGGUGUUUUUCUAGUCCUAGCUUGUAAUACGUUCGAAAAUUCCCGAAACAUACAUACACUGCAAAAAUAUAAAUCGUUUGGAAAUGACUGGCUGUAAUAAAAAAAAAUGUCAGAAAUGUAGAGCAGACCCCUAGUUUAAAUUUUGUCGCUACCUCCUGAAACUUCUUUUAUUUUUUUUCAAAGUUAAAAUUCAAAAAAAUUUUAAAUUUCAAAAUGGCAGAUUCAGAUAUUGAAAGAUUAUUAAAGUAAGUUUUUUUAAGUCUUCAAAUCUUGUUAAAAUUUCCAUAUUUUGCAGUGAAUUGGAGGGCGAAUAGUAUUGCGGUACUAUUUCAUAAACAAUGUCAUUUCUGUUAUUUUUAAACAACUAAUAUUAUUUAUGAAUUUCAGAAUUUGUAGACUCCGUAAACUUUUUAUUUUAAAUUUAACUGAAGUUUUUGUAUACUGUUUAACGCUGCGGCUUAGAAAUUUUAGUUCUAAUGUAGAACUUUCAGCGCAGCGUGCAUAAACGGAAACCCCCUUUUUAUUAUAUGCUAUAGAAAAAAUACUGGAUCUUUAGGGAACUGAAAAAAUUUUUUUAGUUUCUUUUUAGUCUUUAUUUAUAUAGUUUCAUUUUAGGUUUUUCUUUAUUUUUUUCUUCGUUUUGUAAGUUACAAUUAUUUCUUUUAAUUCUUUUUCUUUUAGCAAGAGUAAUACAUUGGUUUUAUAUUUUAUAUUUUAAUAAUUUUCAUAUUUUUUUAUUUUUUUUUUUUUUAAUAUUUAAAAAAAGAAACAAAAAGAUGUUUUAUUUAAAAUCUAUGUAAAUAUGUAGAUAUUUUGAAAUAUUAUUUUCAAUUUAUAUAAAUUUUAUUUUUCUUUUUUUUUUUAAUACAAUAAUCUUAGUUACUUUAUUAAAGACUUUUUCUAUUUAUACAUAUUUUGAUAAUGUUCUUGUAUAAUUAAAUGAUUUUUGUUCCGAUUUAAGUGAAAUCUCUCUAUGAAUAUAAUUAUGUCGUGUAUAUUUUUUAUAAUAAUGUAUGUAACAAUAUUAUAUUAGCACAAAUAUUAAAAUUAUGUGUGCCUAUACCUUUAAUUUUUAUUACUAAUUGUUUCAUACAUACACAUGAAUAUAUAUAUAUAUAUAUAUGGUAUAUAUUGUGUUUUAUAGAAUACAUAAUACGAAUUCUUAGUUUAAUUUAAUUAUUUUUCUUUUUUAUAUGCAAGUAAUUUUUAAUAUUUUACAUUGAAUGAUGAUAACGAACUCUAUAUAAUAAAUUUUAUAAUGUGUUUUCUUGUCUUACUUUUGUUUCUAAAUUGUUUUUGGGACAAUAUUUAGGUAUUUCCAAAGUUCAGAUCUAACGUCAAUUUAAUUUAUUCAGCAAUACAAAUUCAAUUGCCGAAUAAGUUAAAAUUGUCGUUAGAUUUUCAUUUUGGUAGAUUCGCCCACGUCCACUGUAUAAAGGGAGGCAUAUUUUAUUUAUUUUUUUUUGUGUAACAAUUUAUUUUUUUUUGUAAUGCUCAUUUUUAUUUUUAAAUCUACUUAAACGAAAAAUUUUGGCAAAUAAAUUGCGUUCAUUUUAUGUUGAAUUUAAGUUUCAUUUGUAAUUUAUAUAUUUUACAUUAAUA